ACAAGCCACCAGUGCAGAUGUGAGGAUCAGUAUGGCUGGCCUUGUGACAUGUGCUCCACUUUUGGUGAAUGCAGCAACCUUCUAGGCAAUACCUGUGGAUGCAUCAAUGCACUUCCUCCAAACAAUACUUACUGCCAGCCACUGUCAGAUCUAAAUCCCUGCCCAACGACAGCACCAACAACUACUCCUCCAGUCUUCCGUCAGUACCUUCUUUCUAUAGAGCUGAAAACAACAACAGUUGCAGCUGUAGAAAGACUGAGAAACAUCAGCUACCCCAUCAUCAGCAGCAAUCUACACAUCUCUGAUGUAAACAUCUCUACAGUGUGCUCCCCCUAUAAUACAAGCCACCAGUGCAGAUGUGAGGAUCAGUAUGGCUGGCCUUGUGACAUGUGCUCCACUUUUGGUGAAUGCAGCAACCUUCUAGGCAAUACCUGUGGAUGCAUCAAUGCACUUCCUCCAAAUAAUACUUACUGCCAGUCAUUGUCAGUGUAA